UCCCUUAAGAGCUCCGGAGCAGCGAGCGGCCGCCGUUCGUCUGUGCUGCGCCUGGAGCUGGUUAGGCACUUUGCAUCCCCGCUCUGUUCGGCAUCCUGCCAGUCGCCGCCGCCAUGCCCUUCUCCAACAGCCAUAAUACGCAGAAGCUGCGCUUCCCGGCCGAGGAUGAGUUCCCUGAUCUGAGCAGCCAUAACAACCAUAUGGCCAAGGUUCUGACCCCGGAGCUGUACGCCGAGCUCCGUGCCAAGUGCACGUCAAGCGGCUUCACGUUGGACGACGCCAUUCAGACUGGCGUAGACAAUCCGGGCCACCCGUACAUCAUGACGGUGGGUGCAGUGGCGGGCGACGAGGAGACUUACGUCGUGUUCAAGGACCUCUUCGACCCCAUCAUUGAGGACCGGCAUGGCGGCUACCAGCCCAGCGAUGAGCACAAGACUGACCUCAACCCCGACAAUCUGCAGGGCGGCGAUGACCUGGACCCCAACUACGUGCUGAGCUCGCGGGUGCGCACGGGCCGCAGCAUCCGCGGCUUCUGUCUCCCCCCGCACUGUAGCCGCGGGGAGCGCCGCGCCAUCGAGAAGCUGGCAGUAGAAGCCCUAUCCAGCCUGGACGGAGACCUGUCAGGCAAGUACUACGCGCUCAAGAGCAUGACCGAAGCGGAGCAACAGCAGCUCAUCGACGACCACUUCCUCUUCGAUAAGCCUGUGUCGCCUCUGCUGCUGGCCUCCGGCAUGGCCCGCGACUGGCCGGAUGCUCGCGGUAUAUGGCACAAUGACAAUAAGACUUUCCUGGUGUGGAUCAACGAGGAGGACCACCUGCGGGUCAUCUCCAUGCAGAAAGGGGGCAACAUGAAGGAAGUGUUCACCCGAUUCUGCACUGGCCUCACCCAGAUUGAAACCCUCUUCAAGUCCAAGAACUAUGAGUUCAUGUGGAACCCUCACCUGGGCUACAUCCUCACGUGCCCAUCGAACCUGGGCACUGGCCUGCGGGCAGGUGUGCACAUCAAGCUGCCCCACCUGGGCAAGCAUGAGAAGUUCUCCGAGGUGCUCAAGCGGCUGCGGCUUCAGAAGCGAGGCACAGGCGGUGUGGAUACUGCUGCUGUUGGUGGAGUUUUCGAUGUCUCCAACUCGGACCGCCUAGGCUUCUCGGAGGUGGAGCUGGUGCAGAUGGUGGUGGACGGAGUGAAGUUACUCAUUGAGAUGGAGCAGCGGCUUGAGCAGGGUCAGCCUAUCGAUGACCUUAUGCCUGCCCAGAAGUGAAGCCUGGCCCUCACCGUCACCAGCCUGCUGCUUCCUCCUAAUACCCGGGCAGUGCCCGCCAUGCAUCCCUGAUGUUUGCCGCCGCGGCUGAGCCCUUUAGCCUCGCUGUAGAGACUUCCGUCGUCCUGCGUAGAGUUUAUUUUUUUGAUGGCUAAGCUGUUGCUGACACUGAAAUAAACUAGGGUUUGGCCUGCCCUAUGUCUCAUGA